ACUCUUCCGGUCGACGGCACAUAUCGUUGAUAAUGUCAAAAGAUACGGCGACAGCGCCGAUGACGGGUAAGGGCCACAAGUCCUCUUCGGUGCCGUUCCUGUCACGGAUCACUUUCUGGUGGAUAACACCGCUGCUUUGGCGGGGCUUCGUCGAGCCACUGGAGCUGGAAAAUCUUGGAAAACUCCCCGAUGGGGACACCAGUCGGUUCCAUUACGAUCAGUUUCUAUCCAUUUAUCAGCGCUUCAAGACUUCGACCCACGCCCUCUGGCGCUGUUACGUGUUCAACUGCUGGCAAAUGUUUCUGGCUGGUGGCGUUUUUAAGCUGCUGGGCGAUCUAUGUGCUCUGGUGGGACCACUUUGCAUAUCCAAUAUCGUCGAUUACAUCGCAAAACCCGUGACAUCUUCAUCGUUGACAUUGACCGUUGGCAGAGGGGGCGGAGAAGGACCGGGAAACGGUGUAAUUCCAAAGGAUGACUCUUCGUUACCGGCGGAGUUUAAUCUUGGGAAUCAAUCACUUUUGACAGAUGGCACCACCAUACUGGGUGAGAAGGUUCAAUUGGGUCCUCUGACCUGGAGCGAAUUGCUAGCCAAUGGAUGGUUUGUCGCAGUGGUGGUCCUGGUGGCCUCGUUAGCGCAAGGAACCUUUUCCCAGGCGAGCACCCAUAUUAUGGAUAUGGAGGGCAUCAAGCUCAAAAAUGCCCUACAGGGAUUAGUGUAUAGGAAAACUUUGCUGCUCAGUACAAGCUGUUUCUAUUCCGACGGCGCCCGCGAAUCACGAAAAGUUUCUGACCAGAACACCGCCGAUGAUGGAAAGGUGGCUUCGAAUACUAAUAAAGGCGAGAUUGAUGAUUCAACAAGCGGUGGAAGCCAGCAAGGACCCAACCGCAUCUCCCAUUCCGUGCCUCCUGAAAUCGAUACCAACAUGUAUCGUACCGCUGACGUAAAUCUGCCUGAUACUGACAUCGAUACCAAGGACAGCAGCAGCGGGAAUGCUUUUGCACCCGAAACAGAUGUUUCUACCGCAACACCGCCGGUAUCGGCACCGGAAUCGACGCUAUUCAUCCAGCACCGACAGGAGGAGAAACAGCGCACAACGGAAAAGACCAAAGAACCAAAGAUAAAACAUGAAAUACCUGAUGCCAUCGAUGAUACCGAUGAUCAGCAACAGUUUGACAGUGCCUCUGGUGCAUCGCAGCAUCGUCCUUGCUGGGCAUCGGCGUCAAGGAUGCGUAAGCGUGAUCUAUUUCUAGGCUGCAUCGGAAAGCAGGCGAAUGCCGUUGCAUCGGAAGCCGCAAACCAAAAACAGGAACAACCAGAACAGGACGACGGAAAACGGAAGAACUCGGCGAGGCAUCCCGGCAAGGGAGCUCCGGAUAAUCGACAGGGUUGUGGUGGCAGCGAUGGUGGUAAUUCUGCAGCGACCACCGAUGCCGGUACCAUAACAAAUUUAAUGUCCGAUGAUGCCUUUAACGUGAUGGCAUUCGUGAAGAUUGCACAUUACGUGUGGGCUAUCCCGCUGAAGAUUGGCGUAGUGAUGUACCUUCUCUAUCGCUUGCUGGGUGUCAGCACCAUUAUUGGAUCUUUCGUAUGCAUCAUCACGAUGACUCCUCUGCAAUUUGUAAUUGGAAAAUAUAUGUCGGCCAACUCAAAGAAAACCUCGGAAUGUACGGACGAGCGGCUCAGACGGAUCAAUGAAGUAUUGCUGGGAAUAAAAUUAAUUAAACUCAGUGCCUGGGAGGGGGUGUUCCGGGAGAAGAUUUCCAAAGCCCGUCGGAAGGAGCUUAAGCAUCUGGACUGGGACUCGUGCUAUUGGACAAUGAUGAUGCUGCUCACGCAUAUAUCCUCGGUGUUGAUAACGUUCGUGACGGUGGCCGUUUUCAUCCACUUGGAGCACGGCGGAAGUUCGGCGGAGUCUUCAGCCGGAGACGGAAGGAUCGAAUUUACCGCUGCCCGUUUGUUUGCUUCGUUGGCACUGUUUAACCAACUGACGGUGCCACUGUUUAUCUUUCCAAUCACGAUUCCGAUUAUCCUAUCGGCGGUGGUAAGCACCGGGCGUCUGGAGGUGUUUCUUCGCAGGCCGGAAGUACGAACGAUCCUUGCGCGGCCGUCCGGUCGUCCUUCGCUGGAUGUGGUUCGAAGGGAAAGCAGCGGGAGGCGAAAUUUGAACCGGAGGGGCAAACAACCACUACUGGGCAAAGUUGCCGUAAUCCGCGACCGGGAGGAUAAUGGUGAUGAGAGCUUUGCGAAGGAUGUGGUGCUCGACGAGGAGGAGGAGGUGGUGGAGGAGGAGGAAGAAGACACCAAAUGGGAGCAGGAAGGUGCUAUGCACUUCGAGUGCUUUGAUCUACCGGAAUGUGCAACCAUCCAGUCAGAAACUCCAAAAGCUGACAACGAGUGUUCGGAAUCAUCGGAAUGGGAAAGUGAGAUUGAGCCAGAUGAGCAAUUACGGGGAACUGAAACUUUCCCCGGCAUGGAUGGCACAGUGUCAACAGGUAAAACGGCAUUCAGAUACACCGGUGUCCCUUCUGCAAGGCGAAGUGAAAAUUCACAGACGAUUAUCGAUGACACUGAUGAUAGCUCUGAAAUGAACCGCAGAAUGAAUUCACAAACGAAGGUUCCCCGAACGAAUAAAAGCCAAUUGUUUACCUGUCCACGAUUGAGGGAAAAACGCUUACGACGAAAAUCGCAUCAUGCCGAGUUGACAAGGAAUGAUGAUGAGAGAUACGAGCCGGUUCCGAAAAACGACGACGGUGCAGAGGAACCCAAUAAUUGUGCUCCGGUUGUUAUCGUGCGUGAUGGCCACUUCCAGUGGGGUUGCAAUAAUGACCGAAGUGAAAAUUCCCAGAACUCUGGAAGUGUCCUUGUAGUUAACCAGCUUAGUAUUCCCAAAGGAAAACUCACCGUUGUGGUAGGCCGCAGUGGCAGUGGUAAAUCAUCAUUACUGGCAGCUUUAUUGAGGGAAAUAAAUCAUCUGUCCGGAGAAGUAAUUUGGAGUCAAUAUUCAACAAUUGCCUACGUCCCCCAACGGCCCUGGCUUCUGAAUGCCAACGUGCGAGAAAACAUCCUGUUUGGUGAGCCUUUUCGGCCAAAACGCUACAACCGGGUGCUGAAAGCCUGCGCACUCAAGCCCGAUAUCGAACUGAUGCCGGAUGGCGAUAUGAGCGAGAUUGGCGAACGGGGAAUUAAGCUGUCCGGAGGUCAACGCCAGCGGAUCGUGAUUGCCAGGGCACUCUACUCGCCGGCCUGCGUGGUCAUUAUGGACGAUCCACUUUCAUCGCUGGACAACGAGGUCGCCAAGUUUGUGUUUGACCAUGGGAUUCGCCGGAUGCUGACCCGGCAAAGGCGAACCGUCGUGAUGGUGACACAGAUGUUGCAGCUGGUGUACAGCGCGGACAAUAUAAUUGCAGUGGAGGCCUUCGCCGUGGAAGCAACAGGUACAUUAUCGGAAAUCGAAAACAAUUACUCACACAUUCUGCAGAAGUGGGAUGCAAUUAUCGCCAAGGAGCAGCAGUCCAAGGAGACGCAAUUAAGUCCGGGGAGAACAGCUCGGGAGCGAUGGAAGUUGUUCAAAAAUGUGUCACGAAUAAGUUUCUUGAGAAGUCAUGCCACUGAGGAGUUCUAUGAGCCUCCGGACGCGCCACUGCUUUAUCGACCGAGUGCUAAGCAGCGCCACAGCUCCAGCAGCUUAUUUGGAUCACGUUUUCACACACACGAUUUGCCACUUCCCAUCGAUGAGUGCUGCCACGGUGAGAAUGUCCAACUGCGACGUCACUACUCGAAACGGUACCGGAGUGGUGGUGGUGAAAGUAAUCGAGUGGUCCGGGGGUUCAGCGAUGGAGUUGCAACAGCGGCAGCCGCAGCGAAGGACAACUCCCAAUCGGCGGAGCGUGAUGCAUUAGGCAACAAUAUCGUUCGAUCCCGGUCUCUCCAAACAAAGCGGGGCAUUUACAGUCCCAACCAUACUGUCGAUGGUCGAUUGCUCCCAGCAUGCAGCGCCCAUCCACCGCAGUCACCCACCGAACUGGACCAUCCUAGUCCAUUGGAACCAACCUCAGCGGUUACAGCCAGCGACAAACCUAGCAGCGAAAGAUUCCGUUACUCCGACACUUGUGAAGAUUUGCACAAAUUUGGCUUUCGGCAAUUUCUCCGAAGAAUGAGCACCAUCGGACGUGCUCGCCAUCGACAUCGUCAUCGGUGGCGGCGAUCUUGCUCUCCUACCAGGGAAUUAUCCACCGCCAUCGGCUCCGUGAAGAGUCCAGCAAAGAAAACUGAUGCCGACCUCGAAAGAAGUUUAUCACAGCCCAAUCAAUCGCUCCAUGGAAUGCACAAUUCUCUGAAGAGGCUCUUCUCGAAUAUUUCACGAUACAGUGAGGAAACGGAUGAUGAUGACUGGGAAGAACUCAACAAUGGCGAGCAAGUCUCCAAUCGGCUGAUCUACGACGAGGAGCGCAAAUAUGGAAAGAUUCCAGCUCGGAUAUAUUGGCUGUACUUGAAGUCAUGCGGAAUGGACAUUGUGACCACGUUCUUCCUUAGUGCCCUGGCCCAGCAAGGGCUCCGAGUGUACACUGAUUUCUGGCUACAGAGCUGGACCGAACGGACCCAACAGCAAUCGUUCGACAACCGGAAUAGGGUUGAUCCGGCAGAAGUUGACUAUAACUUCCGGGUGUAUGCAGUACUGUCGGUCAUCUGCAUUCUUCUGUCUGUGGUGUGUUUCCCUGCUGGGCAGAAAGCAGGAAGCAAUGCCCGAAGGCGACUACACCAGCAGUUGAUUGGAGCGGUUCUUAAAAAUCCGAUCCAUUUCUUCCAAACUGUUCCACUUGGGCGUAUCAUGAAUAGGUUGAGCAUAGACGUCUCCGUAGUGGACAAGAAAAUCGCUGCAACAAGUCAAAAGCUGCUGCAGUUUAUCCUACUGUGCCUUUGUGCCGUGCUCAUAAAUAGUGUCGUAACGCCGUAUUUCAUCCUGUUAACAAUACCAAUUUGUGGCAUUUACUACGUCGUGCAGAAGUUUUACCGGUGCUCCUCCAGAGAACUCCAACGCAUCGAAAGCAUCACCUACUCGCCUAUCAUUUCGCACUUCUCGGAAACAAUCGACGGUGUGACAACGAUUCGUGCCUACCAGCAGGAGUCGCGUUUCACCGAUACCUUGUUCCAUCGCAUGGAAGCCAAUAACGUUGCCCAGGUCAUCCUGAACUGUAGCAACCGAUGGCUGGGAAUUGCUCUCGAUUACCUGGGGGCAUUAAUUGUGUUCAUUGCCGUUCUGAGUGCACUGAUAACGGCGAGCUUGAGUCCGGAAUCGACAAGUUCGUCCCUUAUUGGGCUGGCCAUCAACUAUGCAUUGUGGGUUCCAAUCUACCUGAACUGGGUCGUCAAACUGGCUGCCGAGAUGGAGAUGUACAUCGGAGCAGUUGAACGGAUACAGUUCUAUAUAGAAAGUAGCCAGGAGCGAAUCAGAGAGAAAAACAAACGGAAAUACAAACCUGUUCCGAUAUCAUGGCCCCAGAAGGGAGACAUCGUGUUUGAGAACGUUUCGCUUCGAUAUGAGAGUCAAAAGGACAACGUAAUCACAAACUUGAAUUUGACUAUCCCGGCUGGACAGAGGAUUGGCAUAUGCGGUCGAACCGGCAGCGGCAAAUCCUCGCUGGCCCUGGCACUGUUCGGCGUGCUGGAAAUCGUCGGUGGGCGGAUAUUGAUCGACGACGUGGACAUCGGUACCAUUCACAGCGAUGAAUUACGCUGUCGACUCUCCAUCAUUCCGCAGGAUGCGAUGCUGUUCGGGGGAACAUUGCGGGAAAAUCUGGACCCACGGGGGCACUUUAGCGACUUGGACCUGUGGAACAGUCUGGAGAUGGCACAGCUGAAGGACGUCGUGGUGGCACUGCCGGACGGAUUGGAUACCAGGCUGGGCGAAGAAUCGUCCACUUUCAGUGCUGGCCAGCGGCAAUUGUUCUGCCUGGCACGGUCCGUCCUGCGAGGGUCAGUUUGCUUGGUGCUGGAUGAGGCUACAUCUUCCCUCGAUACGGAAACGGAGAAACUGGUCCUGGAUGCUGCUGGGAAAGCCUUCAAAGGAAGAACGGUGCUCACGAUUGCGCAUCGAUUACACUCGUUGUUCGAUUACGACCGGGUCAUCGUUCUGGAGCAUGGCAAGAUCAUCGAAGACGGUUGUCCCCGGAUACUACGGAGAAAGGUAGACUCCAAGUUUGCUACCAUGCUGAAGGCCUCUUCAAUCGAGAAUCGCAAACAGCCGUUGGGACCGAAACCUGAGCAGAAGCGACAGCACAAAUCUUUUAUCGAAGAAAAAGGGGAAACGCAGUGCGAUGAGGGAGAAACAAGUGUUUAGUUGGAUCAAUGGGUUAUACUCGGAACAUGUGCCUGGAUUAGACCUAUUCAUAUUUUCAAAAAUGUCUAGAAACUCCCCAGUCAACCAAUACUUUCAUUUUCCAUUGCGUA